CGACCCGUCAAGCCGUCCUCGCCGCCAAGGCCUACCACCCAAGCCAAACCCCACCUCCCCUUCAACCCUUCCUCGCCUCCUUCCAGGCCCUCAUAGCCUCCUCGCUCUCAAACAUGAGCCCCGUGUCCAAGUCGCACACGCGCGUGUCCGCCUCGGCCGCCCACCGCCGGCGCGUCUCCGCCGCGGCGGCGUACUCGGCGGCGCUCAGCGCGCGCCAGGGGGCCGUGAAGGAGCCGAACGAGGGGUCGAGCAGGAUCGCCGGGUCGACGGCGCCCGAGCGCGCCAUGGACGACUCGCCCCACGUGUCGACGUACGCGCCCGAGCGCUCGAAGACGCCGCGGGGGAUCGUCGGCGGGAGGUCGGCGAGCGGGUUGGGCCGGCGGCGGGGGCGGGGGCGAGCUGGGUCGUCGUCGUUAUCGUCGUCGUCGUUAUCGUCGUCGUCGUUAUCGUCGUCGUCUGAGUCGUCGUCGUCUGAGUCCAAGUCCAUCUCAUCGUCAGAGUCGAAGCCGAAUUCGUCGGGGUCGAGGUCUGGGUCAGGAUCCAUGUCGUCGUCGGGUUGGGCGUCGUUGUCCUCGAGAUCGGAGUGGUCGGAGUUGGGGCUCGUGGGACUGCGGCUCGGAGGGCUGCGUCUCGGACUGGGGUCGGAGCUGGAGCUAGAGCUGGGGCUGGAGCUGGAGCUGGGGCUUUUUGUGGCGGCGCUGGUUCGGUUCCGGGGGCUGCGUCUUGGUCCGGGGGGCGUGGAUCCUGUGGAUGACGUGACCGUUGCCGGCGAGGACGCCGGUGCAAUGGAUAUUUGGUCUUGGGCCUUUUUGUGCUGGGUUAGAGGCUUCAUACGGGGGUUUGGGAUUCUAGAGGUGGUUGCUCACCUCCUCAGUUGCUGGACCCGCGCGGGUAUCUCGAUCGCUCGCUCGCUCGUUCUUCUUCUUCUCGUCGCUGCUGGACAUUCGUUCAUUUCCAGCCCCAUCGUGGGCCGGCUUCCCUUUGCCAGUCGCCUAGGGUUCAUCAGUUGGUGGGGGUGUUCUCUCCUUCUCCCUCACAGGGCACUCACCAGCAUCCGAGAUCUGGUCAGUCUCUUGUCCCGCCUGGGUCGAGGGAUCUUCGAGCUUGUCAUCGUGGUGCUGGGCCGGCAUCCGGUUGGUGUCUCUUAAUUCAGGGCCCUUGUUGUUAUUGCUCGGAUCUUGCCUUGCGGUGACUUCUGUGCCGUCAGUCGGCUUGGUAUUUCCAAGUCCGUCAGCUUUGCGCGACGCUCAUAAAAACUACCAGAUAAUGACGGGUUCUAGUUGAAGUAAUGUAUACGGGAGAAUGUACGAUACUUUGGCUGUCUUCGUAAAUCGAUAUAUCUGGCGAGAGGUAGAAAGUCCUCGUCAGUUUGAGAUAAGUUGGGGAAGGUUGGAGGGCAGUUUGAGGGAGGUGCCUGAAAAAUU